UGGUUGAACGGUUGUACUUGUCGAUCAAUAGUAGAGUCCCAGAAUCACAGACCAUAAUAAUAAUAAAAGUAAAACGAGAAGAGUGUGUGUGGUAUUACUAUUGUUCCCGGCCACAUUUGUGUUGUGCCAUAUUCGUGUGUACUCCAUUGUCUCGGGAAAAGCUAAAGAAAAACUGAGGCAAUUGCAACUGUGCAGCAGCGCGAAGCUUUUACCCGCCCGCUAUUUUGGCGGAAUAUUGGGCAACCUACCGCCUCACAACGACGAUUCGACUUAACUGCUUUAUAGGCCAUGCAAAUUUGAAGCAACCUCUGGCUUUGGUGUGGCUCGAUUUUCCAUUUUCCAACUAGGAAAAGUCAGGCAUAAAAAAACAAGCGAGUGCAACAGUUGCAGCAGCCGCAAUUGCAAAUAAAAAACGAAUUGAUUGUAAUUGUUUCUUAAAACGAAAACUAACAAGUCGUUAAAUCGCUGUACCGCAAGCGGUUUUUGUUGCCUUGCGAUCGGUUUUCAAGUGCAUGAAAGUAAGUGCGAGUGCUUAGCUAACAAACAAACAAGCAAACAUUGCAAAAGGUCAGAAACACACAACGCCCAUAUAAAUCAAACUGAAGUAGUGGGAGCGAAGCUUUCCGCCAAAACACAAAGGCCGCAAACACAGCAGCAACAUGUUGCCGAGGAUAACUUUUGUGUUCAUCAUCAUUUGUGGAUAUUUAUUAUUUACUGAUUGCCGUGAAACGGUUCGCUCCAAGCGUGCCAAACGCCCACGAGCUCCAGAACCGGUCAAUUUCGAGCCGGAGCCCCAGCAGGAUCUGGAAAAUGACGAGAGUGGCAGCCAGGAGAAGGACCUGCCGGAGAUACCCGACAACUUCCUGAGCCCCUCGGUGCGCGAGUACCUCGAGCUGGGCAAAUCCAUUCCCGGUCGUCCCGGCGUCGACUAUCCCAUUCUGUCGGCGGUGCCGUAUACCAAUUUUUACUGCGACGAGCAGGAGUAUCCUGGAUUCUUUGCCGACAUGGAGACAAGGUGCCAGGGCUGGCACUACUGCGACAUCGAUGGACGCCAGGCCUCGUUCCUCUGCCCAAAUGGCACCCAGUUCUCACAGGCGGUCUUCGUCUGCGACUGGUGGUUCAAUGUGCGCUGCGAUCUCUCACCCCGGCUGUAUGCCAUUAACGCCCGACUCUAUCAGCGCCCCAAGGUGAACCCCACUCGGCCACAUCGCAUCAUUACCAAACAACUGGUCGAGGACAUCUUCACCUGAACACCGAGGGAUCCUCCCUUUCACCUAGCUUAAGUUUGCCGAUGCCUAUUAGUUAAUAGAUUAGUUCUGAUAUCAUGUGCUCUCAUUAAGGUGGAAAUUUUACCUUACAAUCGAAACAUAAAAACCAUUAAAAAAAUGAAUGUUACAUAUUUAACUCUUGCAUAAAUAAUUCAUUAAGGACUACAAUCUAUGUAUUUUCAAUGGCUUCCCAAGAUAGACUUCCCUAAUUUUAUAUUGUAACACUCCAGUUCCCUGGAAACAUUACUUUGAUAUUUCAUUUAAAUAUCAACACUUAAAACAAUUUUCUUUAAUACUAGGAAAGCUCCAUUUGUAUUUAAUGCUGCCGUAAAUUAUAGAAACUAAAAAAAUCUAAAGUUAAAUAAAAUCUUAAUCAAUUUUUAUUAAUUGAUUUGCUAAUUAAAUUACGUAUUUGCAGGCAUUUCUUUAGUAAGUUGCAUUUUGCUUACCAUAAUAUUAGCUUAGAAAAUGUAAAA